AGCACCUUGCAACACUGCUGAAAGUAUCGAGUGACUUAUGAUUUUCAGUUUCCGGCCAGAGGCGAAAAGCACUUUUCCUGUCUUUCCUGUGAAAUUCUGUUGCUUGGCAGCAGGCUCUUUCAAAAUCGGUUGCAUAUGAAGUAUACUUCUCUAGUUAUUUAGCUCUAUCCCGUCGUGUUCAACUACAGAUAAUGCCAGCACGACGUAGUGAAAGGAUUGCGGCCCGUGAGGAAGCGAGUGCAGCCCCAAGAAACGCAUCCAAUAUGCGGCUGGUGGUGCGACUUCGCCGUGUCAGCGAUUCCAGUGCCCAGUUGGACGGACCUCGAGGUGGCCGGGUGCCCAGGGGCAGGGGCAGGCGAACCACUCAUCUGGCAGCAGGUCAAUCCGCACCGUUAGUGGCAGCAGCAAGAAUAAGUGAGAGAAUCGCAGCGCGUGUGCAGCAAGCUACAGCUACGAGUCCAGUUGCUGAGGCCACCGAAGGAUCUCCUGCCCAGGAUGCAAACUCCCCUCAGUCCACUAGGGCCACGGGAGCCACUGGUCGUCAACGCCGUGCCCGCAGAACGUACUCAACUGUAGUAGCCAGUUCUACGAAUCCAGAUGUUGGGGCCACUGUGGUGCGCCAUGUUCCACCCGUCCACCCAACCAGACCUUUACCCACAUCGGCUGACUCCGAGUGGUUGCAACAUCAUUCCCUGGUGCAAAGCCUGUUUCGCUUCGAGUCCGGGAUACCCACCCAGGGUGAACCCCUCACCAUCACUAGGCUGCGUCGCGAGAUCUCCGAGUUCUCAACCGAUCAAACGGAAGGGUGCAAGGUGGAGAUGGUGGGCGAUAAUCUGUUCCACUGGGUAGCCACGAUCCCCGGUCCCUCGGAAACGGUUUAUGAAGGUGGCCGUUUCAGAGUGGAGAUAGUCUUCCCCCGAAACUAUCCAUUCCAGCCGCCCUAUGUUGCGUUCCUAACCAAGACUUACCAUUGCAACAUCGCUUUCUCCGGGCGCCUUUGCCUGGAUAUUCUCAGCUCCAAGUGGUCGCCAGCUCUGUCGGCUUCCAAGGUGCUCAUCUCCAUAAUGUCCCUGCUGGCGGACCCGAACCCAAACGAUCCUAUGGAGGUGGGAGUCGCAGAUAUGUUCAGGCGAAACCGCGUGCUCCACGACCAGCAUGCACGCGAGUGGACCAAAAAGUAUGCCAAGUAGUGGAGGAAGCAAUCGGAUGCAAUUGGUUUUUCAAAUAAAUUUAUUGGAUGUUUUGUGCCAGCA